ACACACACAGUAAACAGGAUAAUGAUAUGCAUUGUGCAUGCAAGGCUGCCCUUCCAACUUAGCCAACCCCUUCUACUACUCUGCAUAAUUACCAGCCCAGCUCUGUAUAGGGUUGUCUAUACCUACACAGCACUGUAGGUACUAUUAUCAUAACAUACAAGUGUACUGUACAUUGGUACGCACAGUAUAUAAAAGAGCUCCGCGCUCUCUGAAUUUAAGGACGUCCAAGUCCAGUUAGACCACUUUGGAAAUGUGUGGACAUCUUGCUUAAGAACCACGAUGCAUGCAUGUAGUGUGAGCCACAUGAGAGUCACAUUACAAUCACAGCUGCAGGUCUACUACUAUUAAAACAAAAACGAAAAAGAAGAAGGUGUAUUUUUGCAAUUUCAAGAAUGUUUAUCCAGUUGAUAGAAAAAUUGAUUGCAAGACAAUUGUCCCUCUGCGAAGGUCCCACCGCUGCCACACCGGUGAGUUGGGACAGGAUGACGAUGUAAACUAUUCCCUCCGUUCACAAGGAGGUAUAUGCAAGAUUUGUUGAUGUCUUAUAGAAGAGGAAUAGUGCUGCACGAAGUCACAAAAGUUAACGUUUCAGAAGCACAUGGUGCAUACUGAAAGCCUUAACUGUUAGAUUUUUAGUGCUGUUUUAUGAGGCUGCGAUUUCAGAAGCAGUGAACCACUGUGAGGGUCUCACUGUGAAAUAGACUGUCUAUAAACGGACAGGGAAAGCAAGUUGAUAUUCGUAAAGGUUUUCACAGAACAAAGAACACCAAAGAUUAUUCUUAACAAGCCAAAGCCCAUCAACUGCCAUAGAGGACACCAAUCCAUUGGGACAAGGCAUUCAGACUACCCUGAUGGUCAACUCAAGCAGUGAAUGUAUGGUGUCAGUGUGCUUCCACUAUUGGCAAUUCACAUAGCUCAUUUUUUACUGAUGUUACUCUUAGUCCAUGGACCAAACCAGUGCUAAACAAAGAAUUGUAGUUGAUGAACACGAUAUGGAGGCCUGGCCAGCUAUCAAACGUGAACCUAGCCGUCCCACCCCCACUGAAAACGAACGCAAGACCACUUCUUCCUCCAGCGUCCCCACCGCUACCACGAACAUGCCAGCUGCCAGUCAAAGUAACGACCAAGGUCGCAAUAUGACAACCAGCACCAGCUCUAAGAGCGGCAGCGGGGGUCCCAUGAUCAACUCCAUCUGGAGUACUGGCACAGUGGCAGGAGCAGGAUGGGGCUCCAUCACCACCACCGCCAUGUCGCAAAGCGGGAAAGACUCCGUUGUGGGGUCUCAAUUUCAGCAGGGUCUCUUUUCAGGCCCUGGAAGCAGUGCUCUCCCUGCAGGCACCACCGGAAACUCUGUCUGGGGAAGCAGCGGUGCCCCGACCGCAAACUCUGACGGGGAGAACAGGAAAGAGCCAAGGUCUGGCUGGACAGGCAGCAGCGGGAGCAAUAACGAAGAAGACAAUAACGGGAUGGAUACACAACCAUCGGCACCUUCUACACAAGCACAAGGUGAACGCAUGCAAACAGACAGCCCGCUGCCCACGACCACAGUAUCUACUAGCGGAUCAAGUUGGGGUCCCAGUAAGGAACAAGGUGCAGGUGCUAAUAACACUGCCUCUAGUGCUAAUGGUGCCUCUUGGACCACUGCUUCCAGUACUUCCAGCAGAAAUGAUCAGCUGGGUCUAUCAAGCACAGCCUCAUGGGGCAGCAGCAACACUACUCCUACUAACUCCAGCGGUUGGGGAACGCAACCCAAGACACCAACCUCUGGAUGGGGAGAGAUGCCCCGAACCGCUGCCUCAGUUGCUUCAACGCCAGGAUGGGGUGCUGCCCCAACUCAGUCAUCCAACUCCGGCUGGGGUGGAAAACCCAACCCCAGCCAACCAACCAACUCUACUGAGGGUGCAGCUUUACCUGGCUGGAGAGACAAUGCCACUCCGGGAGGCCAAUGGGGGAAAGCCGGUCAGCAGCAUCCAGCCCAGACCCCAACAUCUCCGGGGCCAUCUGGAUGGGGUACCUUGCCAAGCCCUAGCACAUCUGCUGGCCCUGCUACUUCGGGAUGGGGAUCAAAUCCUGCUGGCCCUCCUGGCCCUGCUGGCAUGCCCAAUGAUGGACCAGAAUCACGUGGUCAAAGACAACCUCCUACCCCGUCAGGUUGGGGUGGGGGAGACAACCGAGGUAAUGGGUCUGGUGGAUGGGGGACCCCCUCAGAGGGGAAUGUUGAAGGAUGGGGAAAGAAGCCAAUCAACCAGGAUACCCAGUGGGAUGUGAAGGGUAACUCAGUGCCUAAGACCAUCGAUAACGGUACCGCAGCAUGGGGAUCCAACCAGACAGCUCCACCACCGACUCCUGGUUGGGGAUCCAAUCCUCCACCACCAUCUGCCUGGGGUAAGCCGAAGACGCCAACUGAUCAGCCUCCACAGCCUCCUCAGCCUCCUCAGCCUCCACAGCCUGUGGCUCAUCCACCUGCUCAGUCUGCAUGGUCUGGUGAUCGCAAACCUGCUUGGGGAGCUCCACCGAGUAAUCCUGGUAACCCUGGUAUUCCCGGAGGUGGUAUGCGACCUGGCAUGGGUGGUAAUAUGGGUAUGAGCGGAAUGGUCGGCAACAGUGCAAUGAGUGGCGGAGGCAACAUUGGAAUGAGUGGCAGCGGAGGAAUGGGAGGUAACAGCGGAAUGGGCCCUGGUCCUACAUCUCAGUGGCCUAGACAACCACCUGGUCCAAUGGAGCGCCGGGAAAGCCAAGGGCAAGGUCAUCCCUCGGGCUGGAGGAAUCCGCCUGGUGGUAUGCCCCCCCAUGGUGGCGGCAACCCUCAUGGCCCUCAGUCUGAAAGCUCCUCCUGGGGUACCUGGUCCAAUGACCAAGCCAAUCCUCCACAGGAUCAUCCCCCUCCAAGGAUGCCGGAGAAACUUAGCGGCUGGAAUGACAUAACUGAUAUUCCAACAACCAUCGUGGCCACUGGAUGGGGUAACACCUCUCCAACACCAACCCGUAAGAUGCCAGUAGACGAUGGAACUUUUGUCUGGGGAAACUCAACCGAGCACAAUGCAAGACUUGCCGUUCAGGGCCGACGUAACCUGGCGCGUAUAGCAGCCAAUCAGGACACCAACAGUACUACUAUGCAAACUCCCCCACCUGGACCGGCCGAAGGGGAUGGGACGGCUGUGCCUCCAUCACCCGUCGUACCCACUGCACCAGAAGGGAGUACCAACCCAGUGCCGCCCAAACCAGACACUGGGACCACCACAACUGGCUGGGGAGAGCCCCAGGAACCCAAGACCCCAGCGCCAGGCUGGGGCGACAGCAGCGCCAAGGCUCCUGGUCCUGAGAGUGGGACAGGGGCUUGGAGGAACGGAGCAUCAAAGCCUGCAGGAAGCAAGUGGGAUGAUUCCACUACCCCCUGGGGUAGUAGUACUACUGGUGGCAGUACUCAGGACAAGGACUCUAUGCAAUCUGGAUGGAAUGAAAGUGGAAAUGGUGGCAAUGGUGGCAAUGGAGGCGGUCACUGGGGAGAUGACGACUGGGAUGCCAAAUCUCAGAGUAGUGAAUCAUCUGUCAGUAGCAGCAGCUGGUUGAAAGGAAGGAGACCUCCUAAUAGGGGAACUAAUGGCAUGAGUAACAUUGGUCAGAAGGAGUCUAACCAUUGGAUAAGUAAACUGAAGAGGCUGAUGGACCAAGGUUACCGCCAAGACGAAGCAGAGAUGGCGCUACGCAAACACAACAUGAACUUUGAUAGUGCCCUUAUGGAACUGAGACAGAUGUCGGAGUCCAAGUCCGGAGAUCUUGUUCGCGAAAUGGGAUCUAUGAUGCUGGGUGGGGACAACCACACUGACGGCCCCAAGCCAUUCGGAAUGGGCGAUGGCCCCUUGCCGCCCCCAUCCCCAAUGUCAAAUCCGGGUAUGAUGAACAACACCAUGCCUCCCAAGCCAGGCUUUGGCAAUAUCGGACGAGGCGGCUUCCCACCGAACCAGCAACAGCAACGCUUUGGUGGCAUGCCACAGCAACAACAGCAACAGCAGCAGGGCUUUGCCCCACCGUUUGCUCCGCCAAACCAGCCCAUCCGUGGGCCGUUCAACUCACAGAUGAUGCAGCAACAACAGCAGCAGCAGCAGCAGUCACAACAGCAAGCGCAGAACUUCUUGCAGUUGGCUGUCCAGGCUGGUUUGAUCAAUCAGAAACUUCUUCAGCAGCCUUUGACUCACCAACAGAUCAUGGUACUGUUACAGGGCAUCCAGCAGCAGACACAGCAGCUAUAUCAAGCCCAACAGCAGCAGAAUAGCUCUGGUAAGAUGCUCAACAUCCAUCAACAGCCAGAUAUAGUGCAACGCCUGUUUGCUCUGCAGCAGCAACUAAGCCAGUCCGGUGGUGGUGGACCCAAUCAGCGUGGUAUGCCCCGUCACUCAUUCCCUCGUGGUAAAGUUCACAGCGACUCCGAAGUGUUCCCAAACAGUGAAGGAGGUGGCAACAAUGGAGAGUUUGGAGUGAAGGAGCCACAGCAGUCACGUCUGUCGCAGUUCUUUCAGCAGCGUCAGUCGUUGGGCAGCGCCGUCGGCAAACCAUCCAGCGAUCUGUUCCCAAAUCCUGGACGGAAUGACUCCAUGGCGUCCAUCUCAGACGUGUCAUCCCGUAGUGAUGGAUGGUCCCGCAGCAACUCACCGACCCAGACUGAUAGCCUGCCCCACAGUGCCGACUCCACCUUCUCUGAUUCAGGCUGGAACUUCCCUGUAUCCAACAGUGAGAUUGACCUACUGGAGUUCAAACCAGGUGUGCCCUGGAAACCCCGCACCAAAGAUGUCGCAAAUGACCCCCAUGCCACCCCGGGAAGUGUCAACAACGACCUUCUGAACAGCUCCAGCCUGACUGUGGGCAUGAACACCCGUAUGAACCGUAACGAUCGCGGCGGCCCACGAGACGACAUCUCUGGCAUCCUGAUCAAGCCGAUGAAACCGCCACCAUCCAACGCCAACUGGUCGGGCGGCGGCGGCAACAACAGCGGCAACCCUAACUUCAAGAAGUCCAGCUGGAAUUACCACGACCAGGUGUCUGGCUUCUCCCAGCCCACCUCCGCUCCUAACUGGAAUGUGCCUUCUAAUCAGCGUCCUCCACGUCCUCCACCAGGCUUAGCUGAUCAACCGCGGAAUGCUGACUGGCCGACAUCGUCUUCCCACAAUGCCCCGGGCCGCUCCUGGGACCGUUCCAAUAGUACCUCAGGAGCUUGGUCUGGGAGUGACGGCCCUAGUAAUUGGUUGGUGCUAAGAAAUCUGACCCCACAGAUUGAUGGAUCCACCUUGCGCCUGCUGUGCCUACAACACGGCCCUCUAGAGCAUUUCCACAUGAACCUCUCGCAGGGCACUGCCAUCAUUGCCUACAAGACCCGCGACGAAGCAGUCAAGGCCCAACGCAGCCUCAACAACUGCGUCCUCAGCAAUACCACGAUCAUCGCCGACUUCGCCACAAGUGCCGACAUCGCUCGCAGCCGUAGUCAAUCGCAGUCCGGCGGCAGCAAGUUCUCGGGUGUGAGUGGCAGUGGGGUCAGCGGAAGCAGCUCCGGCGGUCUGAGCGGCAUCCCAAGCUUUGGGAUGAAGGAGAAUCGUGGUGGCACUGGGCAGUGGAAUGGAACCAGCGCCACCAGUCUGCCAGGCCUCACUGGGAACCCCAUGUGGUCGACUAGCACUUCAACCACCUCCAUGCCAUGGAGCGGAGGAGAGACUGAGACCACUGGAGCCGGCGGGCCAUCCUCACUCAGCUAUCUCCCUGGAGAUCUGCUCGGUGAAGGGACCAUGUGAGAGGUCACAUUCUUAUUAAGCUGAGUUUUAUAUUUUCAUUUUGUGCAAAAGGAAAACCACACACUCACACACACAAAACGUUCAGGAAAUACUGACUUUCUGGAAAGUGAAGGUCGGAAGUUUGUUAUUUUGGUUUUUGCAUCAGAUAGUUCUAUUGGAUAUGCCAGAAGGAGAUGUUUAUAAUUGAAGCGUAGUCUUAAAAACUUUACAGUGUUUAUCCUUAGCUUUGGUACACAAAGAUAAAAGGAUAAGUUUAUUAAUGCCAAAUGUAUCUGCUUUUUACUUGUGUUUUAAUGAUUUGAAAUCUUCUACUCAUAAUUUUUUGUAAAUACUUGUGUAUGCAUCUCUCUGCCAAGACUCCAGCUAUUAAAAUGCUCAAGGACUUAUUUCAGACAAAUAUAUUUUAGAGGUUUAGUGAGCGGGUGAGAAAGAGUGGGAGAGAUAGAGUGAGAGUGUUUUAUUGAAGAAACUUCAUAUGCCACGUUUGUCCAUCAGAACUAGUGCAAGUAUCGUUUAAAUGACCAAAUGGACAAUGCGUUUAUCAAAAAAACAAUAAGCCUCGUUGAUUCGAGCAAAAGAGGGGUGAGGGUAUUAGCCAGCUCUAUGAAGUGACAAUCCCACUCCACCCCAACACAACAGUGUAUUUUUUAACUCAUUAAAAAAAAAAAAAAUGUGGAGAAAAAAAAAGAAGAAAAGAAGUGCCCUCCCCUCGGCAAUAUGACAGGAGAUGUAAUGGCCGUGUGUGCUUGUGUGGAUCCAGAAGUCACCAUUUCGAGUGUGUCUCGCCAGGAUUUCCCACGGAGGAACAAUUCACUUGUUGAAACAAAAUGGCCUCCGGCCAGGCUCUUAUGGAGAAAAAGGACUCCCACGUGUCAAACUGAACCCAAACAAUGAAUCCCCCAAAGUUGCUUUUCAAGACUACAGCAUCGGAGUGAUCUCCUUGUGAAGAUUGACAAUGAUCUGAUGGUCAUUCUAUACGGUUUCCUGAAAAUGUGCAAUGGAAAUAUAUCUUUCUAAACUGUUUUUUUUCUCUUGUUUUUUGUUGGACUCGGGCGCCAGCCACGUGCGGGUUUUGUGUUAAAAGAAAAAAAUAAGUAUUUGUUUUUGGCGUCUUCUGUGUAUAAGGAGCUGUGGAUUCAAUCAAGAUGGAGUCUCAGAGGAGGAUUAAUUGUGCUAUUCGAUACGGUGGAGUGCAACUAAAGAUAAACUUUGUAUCGGAAGUGCACUUGGAUGUUGUGACACCAAGCUGCUCGAAGGACCUGAGUGGUAAAGCUACAGCUGAAAAUGCUUCUGGAGAAGCGGAAAGAAAGAGACAAGGAAGGAGGGGGGGGGACUAUAAACGAUUGUGCUCCAAAUGAUGUGACAAAUCAUCGUUGCUUUAAAGGGAAUGUCGUCAAAAUGAACGAAAGGAUAGCAAAUUGAUAAGCGUCGCUCUUCUCACAUAAGAGACGAUUGUUGUUUUCUAAAGAUGAUCCUGUAGAGGGGGAUGGAAACCUUUUGGAAGUGAGCAGUUAACAACUGCCCCCCCCCCCCCUGGAUUUGGAAUGGUGCCGCACAAACAAAACAAGAUUUGGUUAACUGGUUCAUUUGUAGCAUCCAAAGUGCAAUUUCAACGCUUGUGUUUUUGAUUAUUCGCACUGGACGUGAUCGAAGACGAUUUUAAAAACAAACAAGUUUGUGGAACCGAACCCGCCAUCAGUGUACCACAGAAAAA